UCACCAUGGCAGUAUGGAACCCCCGGACUCCAUACUCUCCUACCUAUCCGCAGGCGAGGUCCGUCUCGUCUGCAACACAUCUACCCUGGGCGUCGUAGCUCCGCUAGGAUUCGACCUUCUGCUGAUAGUCAUGUGCACGAUAUACGCCGUGAAGACGCGCAACGUUCCAGGGAACUUCAACGAGGCGAAGUACAUCGGCUUCUGCAUGUACUCGAGUUGCAUUAUCUGGCUGGCGUGGGUGCCGCUGUACUUCGGCAGCGAUUUCAAGGUGCUGACGCUGUGUCUGUGCAUCAGUUUGAGCGCCAUCGUGUGUCUGGCGUUGAUGUUCGCGCCGAAGAUGUUCAUCAUCUCAUGCAUCCGGAGAAAAACAAUCGAAGUGCGUUCGCGACUUCGAAGCACGUGAGAUGUCACAUCGGCAGUUCGCACGCCGGCGGAAGCAAGCCGCACGUGACGUCAUCCGGGGGCGGAAGUUACGAGGACGCUCGAGGCGACCCCGUGCGGCUGGGCGGACAGAACUUUAGCAACUCCGCGCAUGUACCAGCAGAAACGCAAGGGCGGAACACAAGCCGCUCAUUCUGGAAGGGUUUGAACAAGCUGAAGAAACAAGAGAACACCACAGCGACGUUUAACAGCAACCCAGGAGCGAGAGCUGGAGUCCAGGAAAUGGGAAGGUUGGCGAUGGGUAAGCCAAUAGCAGGUCAAGCACCGAAGACAGAGGCGUCAAAGCCGCCGAUGCCGCGCGCCAACACCGAACCGAACCUAGACGACUUGAUCACCAGGAG